AGGCAUCCGCGAGCGCCGUUUUAGAGGUCAGCGACGCGUUAAGCAAGGCGAGAGCCUGCGACAACAGAAAACCUUAGAACAGCAUCCGCACGAAGGGCAGAGGAAGAGAGAAGAACACGACUCACCUCCUCUACCCCUAUGCUCAGCUCCGCCUCCUCGACCCGCUCAUCGACUUCUCUGCAAAGCGAAACGACCGUCGCGAUCGAGACGAGCUCGUCCGUCACCGUGUACAUGAAUUCCUCGCAGUAGCCGCCUCCGUCCGAUGCCAUGUAGUUCCUGUUUUUGGGGUCGAUGAGCUUCGACGCCGAUGUUGUGCUUAGAUCACCCACGAUGGCCUUUCAGGGGUGAUUAAGUCGGGCAGAAUGCGUCAUCAGUGGCUUAGAGCACAUUGCUUCGGGUUCCUGUGCUCCACAUGUGCAAGUAAAGUAAAGCCAGUUCCGUGCCCGUGCGACGAACACUAUAUCUGGCAGAAUCUUACCGGUCCCUGCAGCUUCCACGUGACCCUCUACUAUUCGCUCACUUGAUACUCCACAACAUCCAGUAGAGGAUAAGGUAUUUAUGAGCGCAGAUAAGCUCUCCCUACACGAUUUCUAAUGGCCAAAUGGUGCUCCAAUGGCCUCUCGCUCCAAUUCCUCCUCCUAAAAGCUUCUCCCCUGCCCAACUCUGCUCCUCCACCUUCUUCUUCCGUUUCAGGAAACAGAGAUUUGUAGUAUUCAACUUCUCAAAAUCCAGCCCUCCUCUCCUCGACGAUGCCUCGAGUGAUCUCCACGCCAUCCCACUCCCUUCUGUCCCCCUGCAAGCCUCUCCUGCUGCGGGCACCGAGAUCACGAAUGAAUUCAUCCAGGGCGUGUGCAGAAAUCUGCAGACCGAGGCUGUUGCGUUUGAGUAUUACCAGAAGGCGAAAGAGCUGCCGGUUUUCCGGCCGGAUCGACGGACCCUGAAGCUUCUCAUUAGGAGUUUGGUCAAAUCCAAGCAGUGGAGCUCCAUCUCGGCCCUGGUCGACGAUCUCAGGUUCUUUGGUGUGGUUCCGGAUCGAUUUACAUGCGCUAGGUUGAUCGGUAGCUGCAUCAGAGCAAGAAAGUUCAAGCUCGCGGAGGCAUUGCUCGGAGUUCUUGAAUCCAAGAAAGGGAGUGAGGCCGCCAUCUCUGCUUUCAGUGCAGCAAUGUGUGGCUACAACCAGCUCCACAUGUACAACUGCACGGUUUCGGCUUACGAGCGGAUGACGGCCGCCGGGCUUUCCCCUAAUACCAGCUGCUACCGGUGGAUCCUCGAAGCAUAUCGAGAGCUGGGGGAGACAGAGAAGGUGAUUGCUCUGUUUCUUGAAUACGAGUCCAAAGAGUCGAAAGCUUCGUCCGAGUCUGCCGAGAUAUACUCGAUCUUGUGUGAUUCGCUGGGGAGGUCAGGAAGAGCCUUCGAAGCUCUCAGAUACUUCAGGGAGAUGGAAGCAAAGGGACUGUCUCCAAACACUGCCAUCUAUGCUUCACUGAUGAGUUCCUUUGCAGGGAUUAGAGAAGCAGAGAUAGUGGAGGAUCUCUUCCAAGAAGCACUAGCCAAGGGCAUGGUGAGAGACAACGCCAUGCUCAUGAAACUGGUUCUGAUGUUUGUGGACGUGGGGCAGCUGGAGAAGACCCUUGCGGUUGUGCAGGCCAUGAGGAAGAUGGAAAUCAGGGUAUCGGACUGCGUACUCUGCACUAUCAUCAAUGGCUUCGCGAGAAAGAGAGGACUCAGAUCUGCAGUGGCGGCUUACGGGCAACUGUUGUCCGAAGGGUGUCAACCAGGACAAGUAACAUAUGCUUCAAUCAUCAAUGUCUAUUGCCGCCUGGGGCUCCCCCGGAUGGCCGAGUCUACCUUUGCGGAAAUGAUAGACAAAGGUUUCGACAAAUGUGUUGUUGCUUACUCUAACAUGAUCUCCAUGUACGGGAAGAUGGGCAAGGUGAAGGAUGCCAUGAGGCUUCUCGCUAAGAUGAAGGAGAAGGGUUGCAAGCCAAACGUAUGGGUCUACAACUCUCUCCUAGACAUCCAUGGUAGACUGAUGAACUUGAGGCAGGUGGAGAAGCUCUGGCAGGAGAUGAAACGCAGGCAGAUAGCACCCGACAAGGUCAGCUACACAAGCAUCAUUAGUGCCUACAGCAAAGCCAGAAGAAUCGAUGAGUGCAUCGACUUCUUCGAAGAGUUUAAGGGGAAUGGUGGGAAGGUGGACAGAGCCAUGGCUGGGAUAAUGGUGGGAGUCUUCUCAAAGGGAAGUAGGUUGGAUGAGUUGAUUAAGCUGCUGCAGGACAUGGAGUUGGCAGGGACUGGUUUGGAUGCACGGCUGCACGAGUCAGCUUUGAAUGCUUUAAGGGAUGCAGGGCUUCAAGUUCAUAUGAACGGGUUUCGGAAAAGCUUCGUCUCGAAGGAGGAUAAGACUUUGUAGGCAAAUAUAUAUCUGGGGAUUGUAGAGAAAGCUUACUAUAUUUCAUACGGAGAAGAAGGCAUUGCCAGUCAUCGAAUGAAUUGUUCUUGUCAGAGCAGAUACAAUGUUUUGGUGGUGCAUCAACCAGACUGUGUUCUACUUGGAAUUGCUGAUGCCUUGGUUAGAAUAUUUCUAUGUUGUUGCCUGGAAUAGCUCAAUGAACUAUCUAUAUAUCUGAUUUAUUAUUUGCAAAGGAAACCUCAGUAUAAAUCCAGUUUCAGCAAGUUGAUUCA